CUUGCUUGUGGCGCUCUUCCCACCUCUGUUCGGUGAACCCGGAUUUUAAAUAUCGCCAAUUCAAAUCAGUAUUCCACUGACUUUGAAAAAUUACCAAAAAACAUUUUCUUAAAGAUAACAGGUGUCCCCCGGAAUUCCCCGAAGUAUACCGAAUAUUCAAAUCUGUUUUAAAGACUGAGUAACUGUUUGUUUAGUCACGUAAAAUGAUUACUAAAUAACCCGGAUUAAAAAAAAAGCCUUGAGAAAUUUUGAUUAUUGUGCCUGGAGCUUUGUGGGUGUCAUCGAGUGAGAACUUGAAGCUACCGGAAACACCUUCGCUCUAAAUUGCAGACAGCGACAACGACGUGUCACAGAUAGAAUAUAGCAGGUCUAUAUGAGGACGGAUAUUGCGGCUUCGUGAUCGUUACAUGCUUCAUCGUUAUUUGCAUGUUCUAAUUGGCCGUGGUGAAGAGUCUACCUUCCUCUUUGUCCCUGAUCCAGGAAGUGACAGAUAAUACCCUGGAAGGACGAGGAGAAACUACCGAGUCCAUGAGAUACCCGCGUGAAAAGAUUUUCGGAUGAUGCCUCAAUUCGAAGCGCCGGGCUUCGGCUGCAUAACGAUGAUGAUCCUGAUCACUCUUAUUGGACUCCUGGCUGUUAGCAAUGGUGAAAUGGAUGAAAAAUCUACUGAGACAACUCAGACGACGAUUAGCCCGAAUUAUACAGAGAGUACAUCACCAAUGACGAUAAACUCAGAUAAGGUGGAGGGACAUCUCAUGGACGAUCUUCUACCAGGAACUAGACCACCUGCACUUGGUGUAAUUUUUGUGGAUGUACCUGCCAAUAUAGAAACUGACUUGGGUGCUUCUGUAUUAUUAUCCUGUAGAACUGCAUAUCCUGUAACUGAAUGUCAGUGGUCUUGGCAGCCUCUGCCUCCGACGCAUCUUCCACUUCCAGAUAUUAAUGACAGUUCGAUUGUUCCUACAUUAAGUACAACUUCGGUAAUCACGACAACGACGCAAUCUUUAGCAGUUCGACAGUUUCCUGCUUUCGGAAACAAUAGCAAUGAUUGUUCGGUGCGAUUUUCGAGCACAAAACAUGAGCAAACAGGAUACUGGACAUGUGCUGCUAGAACCUCUGAUAAUGACCCAUUCAUCAGCACAUCGCCAGCGAGAUUGAGCAUUGUUAAUGUUAAUCAAGAAUUGCCAAUUAUUUUCGAAAAUCAAGAUACUGCAAUAGAAGCACCUGCCGGAUCGUCUGCACAGAUAUUGUGCCGAACAAUGACCCCUGUUCGCGAGUGUCAGUGGUCUUGGCGCCAGUUGAACCAGUCACAACCUUGGAAUCUCGAGGUGAAGAAGUUCCCGGCCUUCGGGAAUGAGAGCAACGAGUGCAGCAUCAAGUUCAAGAACAUUCUACAAGAACAAGAGGGUUUCUGGACCUGUGCUGCUCGUACAAACUCCAGCACCUCUUUUGUCCAAGCAAACCCUAUUCGAUUACUCAUCUCUGAAGUCGAAUUUGUACAACUUUCUCGUGGAAUACAAAUAGCAGCAGGUGAGACUGUGUUCUUACGAUGUCUGGUGAAUAAACCAGUGGUUCAAUGUGAAUGGUCCUGGAAGCCUUCGAACUCGAGCAAAGAUCCAACAGUGGUGAAGAAGUUCACUCCCAGCAAAGAUGCAGAUCAUGAUUGUUCUGUCAAGUUCAAGAAUGUCCUCUAUGAAGAAGAAGGAUUGUGGACAUGUGGUGUUCGUCUUUCAACAAAUGGCAUUCUGCACGAGGCACCUCCUGCCACAGUGACACUUUUGCCCUCUGGCAAGGUGAACUUUGUGGAAACACCGGAAGAUACGUCGGUGCAAAUUGGCACGGAGGCCACAUUGAAAUGUGUGACUAAUGGCCGUGUCGAAAAAUGUGCCUGGAGUUGGAGGCCUUUAAGCGGAAGUGAAGAUGAGGUCACUAUCCACGAAUUCCCAAGCAAGGGAGAGGUUGGGCGGGAUUGUAGCCUAAAUCUGCCCCGGGUCUAUGCUAAAGAACAGGGUUUCUGGAGCUGUCAUGUUUCAAUCCCUGGAAUCAACACCAUGCUAUCUUCUUCUUCUGCGAAGCUCACCAUGUACGAACAAGAGGAUGUGGACUUCUCCGAACUUUCCAAGGACAUUCAAAUAUCAUCUGGAGGAAGUGUUCAGCUCCGAUGUGUGACAUCGUCAGCAGUUGAACAAUGUCGAUGGUCGCUGACGCCGGUGAAUUCCAACACGACAGUAGUGGUGAAACAAUUUCCUCCAGCUGGAGCUGAAGCCAGAGACUGCAGUGUGAGACUGAGCCAUGCCCUUGCUGAACAGGAAGGCCUCUGGACCUGUGGUGCCAAAAGUCGAAGUCGUCCAAACUACACUGAUGCAUCCCCAGCCAAGUUGAGCCUCCUUGAACCAGAACCUGUGACAGUGACACUUUGGGCUGCUCAUCAUCAGGCAGUAACUUUGGCAUGCAAAAUUGGCCCAGUUCCACCAAAAACUCAGUGUCAGUGGAUUCAUGGAUUGGAGGUUCUUACAAAGAAGAAAAACGAUAGUUCUUCAAUCCAAAAUAAAUACUACAUGAUAAUGGAACACGCUGAUGGUGUCUGUACUCUUCAUUUUGUGCCUGGACCUUCCGAUUUCGGACAAUGGAAAUGUAAAUUCUUGUUGACAACUGAAGACCUUACACUGGAACUUGGAAAUGAUAGUCUCCUAUUAUUGGAAGAAUUAGAUGAUAAAAAAUUGGGGUGGCUCGUAGGUGCCUUAACAGUAUUGAUUUUGUUUUUAACAAUCACAAUAGUUGUUUUAGUAGUUUGUAAAGGCCGAUUCUUCGGAGGAAAGUUACCAGCAAUGUUGGAGACUAUUUCUCCAAGUGAAAAGAAGAGGAAUGAUGCUUUAUCUAAAAAUCAUUACUCCGAACCAAUAAAAAUACAAGAAAUCGAUCCAAGUCCUUUAAGUGUUAGACACAUUUUGCCAAAUCGAAGUCCAUACCUUCAUGAAAAGGUCCAAAGACCCACUUCGCCAAAACCAAAAGUUUACGAAAACACAUUAAAAGUACCAUAAGUCCAAAUUCAUGUUUAAUUGUCAAGUCAAAACACAAAUACCUCAUACCCUGCUGAAAAAUUUUGAUAGGAUUUGAUAAAAAAAUUCAUUCUAAUUAAAUUAAAAUAAUUAAAUGUUAAUCGCCCAAUACUUGUAUCAAAUCCUAUCUUCCAGAAUCUUGGAAGUUUUUAUCUAACUCUAUCUGUCAAGAAAUCUAGAAAUAUUAUACUUUUCUAUCGCCAUUCUCUCAUUCAGAGUCAAUUAAAUCUUUCUUGCACAAGAUUCGUAUCAAAUCCUAUGUUGGAGAACUUUGGAAGUUUUUAUCUAUCUCUAUCUGUUCAGAAAUGUUAUAAUUUUCUAUGAUGAUUUUUCUAUUGAAACUCUAUUAAAUCUUAUCUCCCACCAUAGUUGUAUCUAAUCCUAUUCUCCAGAAUCUGGAAGAUUUCUAUCGAAUUCUACUUCUCGAAAAAUCGUAUACAUUUUAACCAAGAAUCUUGACCGGGAAACCCGGAAGUGACCGGGAAUUUACUUCUGAUCGCAGUAAAAUUCAAGUUUUCAUCAUAUUAAUAAUUUUGGUCAAUUUAGAAAAGUGAUUCUUACUUUAUUUACAGUCAUAGAUUUUUCAGAUUGUUUCAAUUUAUUCUAAU